GCGGAGGGGGGUGACUGACUCCUGGUGAUAUCAUGCUUAGAGUCUUAGACUAGGACACGUUUAAAUUCUGUCACACUGACAAAGUGGUAAAAAAGUUAUGAGACAACAGUUAUGAGACACCUGUGAAUUUAUUAUUUCGAUUCACAUUGAAAUCUUCCAUCCAAGAUGCAGACGGUCAAAAAGUUGUUCGGUCCAAAAAACUCUCCCUUAGCGGAAUCAUUACGAUGUCUACGUGGCAAACAACAUAUCAGAAGAAAACUUGAUAAAACUGUGUAUGCCCAAACCAGGUGUAUCAGUACAACACAACAUGUCAAUAAAGACUUCAGACCAGAAGUUGGCCAAGUUAACAAUCUUAUGGACAUAGGGACACGACGAAUACUAGAUGAAGAUAAAGAUUUAUUUAGAGAAAAUGUGAGAAGGUUCUUCACUGAAGAAGUAUCCCCAUAUCAUGCUCAAUGGGAGAAAGAUGGCCAAGUGAGCAGAGAGUUAUGGCUAAAGGCUGGGGAGCAAGGCUUACUGGGAGUUAACACACCUGCAGAAAUUGGAGGCAUAGGAGGAGACUUCAUAGAUUCUAUGAUAGUUCUGGAGGAACAAUGCUACAGUAACUGCUCAGGGCCAGGGUUCAUCCUCCACUCAGAUGUUGUCAUGCCCUAUCUCAGACACUUUGGUACCAAGGAACAAUUGGAGAAGUACAUACCUGAUAUGGUGGCAGGCAAGAAGAUUGGUGCUAUAGCCAUGACUGAGCCUGGAGCUGGCAGUGACCUGCAAGGUAUCCGCACAAACGCAGUGAAAGAUGGGGAUGACUGGAUACUUAAUGGUAGUAAGGUGUUUAUCACCAAUGGCUUCAUGUCUGAUGUUGUCAUUGUCGUGGCAGUCACUAACACUGAGGCCAAGUCUAAGGCACAUGGUAUUAGUCUAUUCCUGGUUGAUGCUGGCACACCUGGCUUCAAGAAAGGAAAGAAGUUGGAGAAGAUUGGUCUUAAGGCUCAGGAUACAUCAGAGUUGUUCUUUGAAGAUGUGCGUCUUGGCCCAGAGAGUGUGCUUGGAGAGAUUAACAAGGGUUUCUACUACCUUAUGAUGGAGCUCCCUCAGGAGAGACUAAUGGCAGCAUCUAUUGGCCAGGCAGCUUGUGAAUGGAUGUUUGAAGAAACAAGAGCUUAUAUCAAACAGCGUAAAGCUUUUGGCAAGACUAUUGCUGACUUACAGGUUACCCAACAUAAGAUGGCAGAGAUGAAGACUGAGAUAUGUAUUGGACGAGCAUUUAUUGACCAAUGUUAUGAACUCCACAGUGUCAAGAAACUGGACUCGUAUACUGCCUCUAUGGCUAAAUAUUGGCACACAGACCUCCAGAAUAAACUGGUCACCCAGUGUUUACAGCUACAUGGAGGGUGGGGGUAUAUGCUAGAAUACCCCAUAGCUAGAUGUUUCCUGGACUCUAGGGUACAACCCAUAUAUGCUGGCAGUAAUGAAAUCAUGAAAGAGCUUAUUGCAAGACCAAUUGUUAGUUGAGACUGAGAGUUGAAAUGUUGGAGACAUCCUCUGCUGUAGGGUCAUUAAGAGGCAAGGUCCUGGAGAAUCAAGAGUCCUGAAUCUGCAGGGUUCUGGAUCUGCAGGGUUCAGGAGCAACAAAAAGAGAUAAACAUUCUUGCUCUUGAAACUCCACAAAUAGAGGAUGUUAGAGUGAAAUGUGAGAAUCAAAAUAUCAAUGCAAAAAUGAUGAUU